AUGACUAUCGGCAUUGCAGUCAUUGGCAGCGGCAUCUUUGUGCAAGAGGCUCAUCUCCCUGGAAUCAAAGCCAACAAAGACCUCUUCUCCCUCAAAGCCAUCUACUCCCGCAGCCUGUCCUCGGCCCAAAAGCUUUCCAAGGAAGUCGAGACCUUCACUCCCGACCUCUACGCCGAAGAUGCAGGCUCAGACAAAUCAUACGCCGACCUCCUCAAACGCUCAGACGUCGAAGCAGUAGUCAUUGCCCUACCCAUCCUCACUCAACCCGACUUCAUCAAGAAAGCCUUGUUAGCAGGCAAACACGUGCUUUCCGAGAAGCCUGUCGCCAAGGAUCUGACAACUGCUCAUGAACUGAUUGAUUGGUACCACAAGAACAUUGACACUAAGAAGACUAUCUGGGCUGUUGCUGAGAACUUCCGCUAUCUCGGUCGUUUCCAGUAUGGUGCUGAGCGAGUCAAGGAGUUGGGAGAGAUCCUGGGUUUCCGCCUUCGUAUGCAUGCUUUGGUGCAGCCUGGAGCUAAGUACUACGAGACUGAGUGGCGCAAGACUCCUGAGUACCAGGGAGGUUUCCUUCUCGACGGCGGCGUCCACUUCAUCGCCGCCAUGAGACAACUACUCGGUCAAUCCGCCAAAAUGACCCAUGUCGCCGCCUUCACCGCACAGCUCCAACCCCAUCUGCCGCCUCUCGAUACCAUCAACGCCACCGUCAAGCUCGCAAACGGCCGUUCUGGUACCUUCAGCGUCAGCUUCGGCACCACUUUCUCCGGCGCCGAAUACGUCGUUGCCUGUCAAAACGGUACCGUGGACGUCGGUUUCGACAAGACCAUAGUCAAGAAAGGCAAGGACGAGUCGUCCAAGGACUUCCUAGAGGAUAAGAAUGGUGUUAGGCAAGAACUCAAGGCGUGGGGUGAGAGUAUCCAGAAGGGCAAGGCUGACCCUAUGCAAUCUCCCGAGGAAGCUCUGGCGGAUUUGGAAGUGCUCGAAUCUAUGAUCAAGAGUGGUGAAGCCGAUGGCAAGGCCAUUGAGCUCAAGCUUCAAGUAUAA